AUGUUGAAUCAGACUUCCGUCACUGAAUUUUUCCUGCUGGGACUGACAGAUAUCCAAGAGCUGCAACCUUUUCUCUUUGUGAUUUUCCUCAUCAUGUACUUUGUCAAUGUGGCUGGGAAUGGAGCGAUUCUGAUCAUUGUUAUCUCUGAUCCAAAACUCCAUUCACCUAUGUAUUUUUUUCUGGGAAACCUAUCAUGGUUAGAUAUCUGUUACUCCACAGUGACACUGCCAAAGAUGUUGGAGAACUUUGUUUCUACACACAAAACAAUUUCUUUUGUGGGAUGCAUAAGUCAGCUUCAUUUCUUUCAUUUCCUGGGUAGCACAGAGGCCAUGUUGUUGGGUGUGAUGGCUCUUGACCGCUUUGUGGCUAUCUGCAAACCACUUCAUUAUACUGUCAUCAUGAACCAUCAGCGCUGUAUCCAGAUGGCUGGCACAGUAUGGACCAUUGGGUUUUUCCACGCUCUGCUACACUCCAUAAUGACCUCCAACUUGAACUUCUGUGGUUCCAACCAUAUUCAUCACUUCUUCUGUGAUAUUAAACCAUUGCUAGAAUUGGCUUGCGGAAACACUGAGCUCAACCAGUGGCUGCUGAAUACUGUCACAGGGACCAUUGCUAUGGGGCCCUUCUUUAUCACACUUAUUUCCUAUUUCUAUAUUAUUGCUUAUCUUCUCUUCAAGACCCAUUCUUGCAGUAUGCUUCAUAGAGCCCUGUCCACAUGUGCUUCUCACUUCAUGGUAGUUACUCUUUUUUAUGCUCCUGUUCUCUUCACCUACACUCGUCCUGCCUCAGGAAGUUCCAUGGACCAAGAAAGAAUUGUUGCCAUCAUGUAUACCGUGGUCACUCCUGUACUAAAUCCACUAAUUUAUACUUUGAGGAACAAGGAAGUAAAGAAGGCCUUGCUCAGAGUUGUUAGAAAGAAGCUAUGA